AUGUUAAAGAGCGUCGCAGUGAUUUUUCGCAACUUUGUCAACACCAAGGAUAAUGACGGCGACUCAGCUAACCCGGGCAAGUUCGGAAAAUAUGGAUCUACGCAAGUGCGGGACAAGGUGGAUUAG